AUGGUACACAGCAUCAUGGUGCAUGAUAUCACAGUUCAUGUUAUAAUGGCAGAUAGCAUCAUGGUGCAUAGUGUGAUGGUACAUGGUAUCAUGGUGCAUGAUAUCACAGUGCAUGUUAUCAUGGUACACAGUAUCAUGGUACAUGGUGUGAUGGUGCAUGGUAUCAUGGUGCAUGAUUUCACAGUGCAUGUUAUCAAGGUACACAGUAUCAUGGUGCAUGGUGUGAUGGUACAUGUUAUCAUGGUUUAUGAUAUCACAGUGCAUGUUAUCAUGGUACAUGGUAUCAUGGUGCAUGAUAUCACAGUUCAUGUUAUAAUGGCAGAUAGUAUCAUGGUGCAUAGUGUGAUGGUACAUGGUAUCAUGGUGCAUGAUAUCACAGUGCAUGUUAUCAUGGUACACAGUAUCAUGGUACAUGGUGUGAUGGUGCAUGGUAUCAUGGUGCAUGAUUUCACAGUGCAUGUUAUCAAGGUACACAGUAUCAUGGUGCAUGGUGUGAUGGUACAUGUUAUCAUGGUUUAUGAUAUCACAGUGCAUGUUAUCAUGGUACAUGGUAUCAUGGUGCAUGAUAUCACAGUUCAUGUUAUAAUGGCACACAGUAUCAUGGUGCAUGGUGUGAUGGUACAUGGUAUCAUGGUGCAUGAUAUCACAGUGCAUGUUAUCAUGGUACACAGUAUCAUGGUACAUGGUGUGAUGGUACAUGGUAUCAUGAUGCAUGAUUUCACAGUGCAUAUUAUCAAGUUACACAGCAUCAUGGUGCAUGGUGUGAUGGUACAUAGUAUCAUGGUGCAUGAUAUCACAGUGCAUGUUAUCAUGGUACAUAGUAUCAUGGUGCAUGUCACAGUUCAUGUUAUAAUAGCACACAGUAUCAUGGUGCAUGGUGUGAUGGUAUAUGGUAUCAUGGUGCAUGAAUUCACAGUGCAUGUUAUCAAGCUACACAGUAUCAUGGUGCAUGGUGUGAUGGUACAUGGUAUCAUGGUGCAUGAUAUCACAGUGCAUGUUAUCAUGGUGCACAGUAUCAUGGUGCAUGAUAUCACAGUGCAUGUUAUCAUGGUACACAGUAUCAUGGUACAUGGUGUGAUAGUACAUGGCAUCAUGUUGCAUGAUAUCACAGUGCAUGUUAUCAUGGUACACAGUAUCAUGUUGUUAUGGUACAUUGUAUCAUGGUGCUUGGUAUCAUGA